GGCACGCAGUGACAAGUUGAGUCCACUCAAAGAUAGCCAGUCAUGUAGCUUUAGUUCGUACUCGGUCUUCAAACACAUUCAAUGGCGAAGCGAACGACGGCAUCGUGUCGUAAUUAUAGAAUAUAUUUUUUUAUGGCUCACAUUACAACGUGUUUUGAGUGGUAGUGGUUUUUGAUGCGCUUUCUUUUGGCAUACCAUUUUGGCAGAGCGCGCACCACUCUGAAUGUGACACCUUGGAUAGUUGACGGAUUGGGGAAAAUGCCUCAUCAAAGUUUGUCAUCGUUAAGAACUCAAACUUUACAAUUAAUAUAUUUAAGCUUUUGCAAAAUUAACUUGGAAUGAAUGAAGAAUGCAUAUCGUUUGGGAAAUAUUUUUGAUUUUUCAAGCAUAUUUCAUCUGUACAUCAGCACAGCUAAUUUCACCAAAGAUUCAUGACGGUUGGUGGGCGUACAAAGAUGCUGUCCAAGGGAGCUUUGUUCCAGUACCAUCCUUCUGGGGGCUAGUGAAUUCCGCCUGGAACCUGUGUGCCAUGGGAAAGAGGCAGUCGCCGGUCAACGUCGAGACCAGUCACAUGAUCUUUGACCCCUUCCUCACCCCUCUACGUCUCAACACAGGCGGACGCAGCAAGAUGGGAGGCACCAUGUACAACACAGGGCGCCACGUGUCGCUGCGGCCAGACAAGGCUCACCUGGUGAACAUCUCCGGUGGGCCUCUGGGUUACAGUCACCGGCUGGAGGAGAUCCGCCUGCACUUCGGRAGCGAGGACGGCCAGGGCUCGGAGCACCUGCUCAAUGGACAGUCCUUCCCUGCAGAGGUGCAACUUAUACACUACAACCAGGAACUCUAUGCCAACUACAGUGAGGCAGCCAAGAGCCCCAAUGGCYUAGCAAUUGUGUCCAUAUUCAUAAAGAUAUCCGAGUCUCCAAAUGUAUUCCUGAAUCGCAUGCUGAACAGAGACACCAUCACGAGAAUAACAUACAAACAUGACGCAUUCUUACUCAUGGGGCUCAACAUAGCAGAUCUAUAUCCAGACACUAUACGUUUUAUAACAUACGAGGGCUCCAUGACUAUCCCGCCCUGCUUCGAGACAGCCACCUGGAUCCUCAUGAACAAACCUGUGUACGUCACACAGAUGCAGAUGCAUUCCCUACGACUGCUAAGUCAGAAUGAGCCAUAUAAGAUAUUCCUCAGUAUGAGUGACAACACGCGGCCCGCCCAGCCUCUCCUACAGCGCUGUAUCCGCACCAACAUCAACUUCAGCAAGCAGGGCCGGGACUGCCCCAACAACCGUGCCCUGAGGCCCCAGUAUCGAGUAAACCAGUGGCUUCUGAAGUAGGAAAAAGAUGAACAUGCUGUACAAUACAACAGGAUAAAAACUAAAUAUGGGAUCCUGAUUCUCAAGACUUUAUUUGAAUGUGGAAAUACUACAUUAUCAGCAGAGGCUGUUUUUUUAAUGUGUUUGAGAUUGCAAAGUAAGACAAGGAAAGAUUGAAAAGUGUAACUUUUAAGGAUGCACAAAUGUAAUUCUUCUACAGAGCUUAUGGAAAUGGACUGUAAGGAAAUUCAGCAGGCUCCGCCAUUUACUGACCUCUGCAGUGGAGACAAUGAGGACCUCUUUCAUGACAUCAUCAUCAUCAGAUUCACUUGAGUACCCAAAGAUCCCAAAGGACCAACACUUCUUGAAAUUAGCUAAAUGUAAUCACAGAUACAACCAUAAUGUGUUUUGAUACCAACAGCAUUCCAUCAGAUCUAACAACAAGCUAAGAAUCUAAAUAUGAUGGGUGCUCUUCUGGUGAUGAAAGCUUCUACAUAACCACGUCACAAGCAAAAGGUGUACUGAAUAAAUGUCACAAAUGCAGAAACGUUUCCUGACCAUGUGACCUAACCAGGAAAAAUUCUGGGCCCCAGUAAAACACCAGGGCAAGAGAUUUUCCUGUUCAGGCCACAUAGUCAGGAAACACUCCUAGCCAUAGACUUGGGAGAUCCAGUAUUUUAUACUGUAUUUGCUAAACUUUUCUAGCCAUUUUGGGCCAUUUGCCUUUUCUCUGUUUAAUUGUUUACAAUUUCAUUCACUCUGUUUAUUUCAAUGAUAGCAGCCCGAUUAACAUGUUUCAGAUAAUUAUCUAAGAUAAAAUCACACUUUACAUAAGGCCUAUAUAGUAUAUGCUGUUUAAGAAUUGUAUAUUGUCUAGCACUGAAUAGAGCAUGGGACGUGA